AUGGCCUGUAGACUGUCCCUUACAGAGGAGGAUUUCUAUUGCCCCAUCUGCUAUGACAUCUUCAGGGAUCCCAUUCUCCUACCCUGCUCUCACAGCAUCUGUAACAGCUGCGUGAAAACCUUCUGGAAUCGGCGAGGAACUCAAGAGUGUCCCAUCUGCAGAACUGUGUCCUCCAACCCUAACCCACCCAUAAACAUCGUGCUGAGAAACAUGUGUGAUCUGAUGAGAGAAACAACAACUCAGGAGCCUCCUGUAGAGACGGUGGAGUUCUGUAGUCUUCAUGGGGAACCUCUUACUUUCUUCUGCACUGAAGAUCAAGAACUAGUUUGUGGGAAAUGCAGAAAUGCCAAAUCGCAUAAGAACCACCACAUCCGUUCAACAGCAGACGCGUCACAGGAACUCAGGCAAGAGCUCCAGCUGAAACUAAAGGCCUUUCUGGAGAAACUCAGAGUCUACGAACGAAUUAAACAGUCCUGGGAUGAAACAGCAGAGUAUAUUAAAAAGCAGAGCCAACACACCGAGACCCAAAUUAAAGAGGCGUUUGACAAGCUUCACCAGUUUCUAGAAACUGAAGAGGCAGCCAGGACGACUGCGCUGAAGAAAGAAGAGGAGCAGAAGAGUGAGAUAAUUAAGAAGAAGAUUGAGGAGAUUAGAUCAGGGAUGUUAUCUCUCUCACACAUUAUUGAGUCUAUCGAAGAUCAACUGAGAAGGAAUGACUUCACAUUUCUUGUGAACGUCAAGGCUACAACUGAAAGAACAAAGUGUACACUGCGGGAUCAGACCAGACCUUCAGGAAUGCUCAUCAAUGUAGCAAAACAUGUGGGUAACGUAACCUUUGACGUAUCCAAGAAACUACAAGCCAACGUCCGAUACACCCCAGUAACCUUUGACUCCAACACCGCCCAUCCUUAUCUGAACGUGUCGGAUGAUCUGACCAGUAUAACUUACACUGACGAGCACUUCCAACAGCUUCCAGCAAACCCAGAGAGAUUCGACGGCUACACAAGCAUUCUAGGUUCUGAGGGCUUUAACUCGGGGACUCACUGCUGGGACAUCGAGGUGGGCGACAGCACAGCCUGGGCCGUGGGAGUGAUCACAGAGUCCGCGUACAAACACAGACAGACCCCCUCCAAAACGGGCUUGUGGUAUGUGGGCUUCUGCAACGGUAAAUAUGGGAAAGGCUAUUCUCCAGAGAUCCUCACCCUUCUACGGGUCACCCAGAGAAUUCAGAGGAUCAGGGUGCAGCUGGACUGGGACAAGGGCAAAGUCACAUUCACUGACUCAGCUCGUAAUAUCGGCCUGCAUGUGUUUAAACACACGUUCACUGAGAGAGUGUUCCCUUACUUUUAUAGUCACUGUAUGCAACAUCCAAUGAGGAUCAUACCGAUAAAGACAACUGUGGAAACACACAUUUAGAGCCAAUACCACUUUUAAGCUGGUGAAGUUAAACUGAUAGGUUAACUAUGAUAUCAAUAAUACAGCAAUAUAA